CCUACUUCGCUCUGAUUUCGUUCAGUUCCUCUGUCGAUAUGCUAUGUUGCAUGCUCUGAUUCGGAAGUAGCCUACGUUAAAACUAAGUUUAAAAAAGAACAACUUAAACUGAACAAGCUGGAACUUUGACUACCGAAAUGUGCCCUGGAAAGUCGCUUACAACUCCAUUUGUAUGGAAAAUGGCCAAAACAAACAAACUGUUUGGCUGUUCGGUCCAGAAACGCUUGAAACACACCUUAAAGGACAUUGGUGGAAACAAACAUUUACUUAAUGACGUUUCACUGGAACACGUAGCAUAAAAACUUGUGCCCAAAGUUAACUGCAUGCAAUUUACAAGCUGUUUAGUAAUCAUCGUAUUGACCUAUAACCGCAGCUACUUAAAAUAUAUAUUUUCUUUACAUUUCCAAGAAGAAUGGAUUUUCAUUAAGUUAAGCAACUGCGGCAAAAUCUAUGGAGGCACCGUCGUACAGCUGGACGCAGUCUGGCCGAACCGAACCGGAGAACAACGUCAUCCUUCUGACUUCCCUGGCCAGUGGCAGCCGCAGUGGAAGCGUUCAGGAGCUUUUCCAUGAGGAUGUGCAGGGAUCCCAGAGCCAGGCCUACCCCUGGUGGAAGGUGAACCUCUUUGUUUGGGAACCUGUCCUCUUUGGGACCUGGGAUGGGGUCUUCACCACCUGCAUGAUCAACAUUUUUGGCGUGGUCCUGUUUCUGCGGACUGGCUGGCUCGUGGGAAACACGGGCGUGCUGCUGGGAAUGCUCUUGGUGUCCCUGGUGGUGCUCGUUGCCCUGGUGACGGUGAUGUCGGGGAUCGGGGUGUGCGAACGGUGCAGUGUUGGCGGUGGUGGCAUCUACUCCAUGAUCUCCACGGUCCUGGGCGGCCGGGUGGGAGGCACCGUUGGUCUCCUCUACGUGUUUGGGCAGUGCGUUGCAGGCGCCAUGUACAUCACCGGCUUUGCCGAGUCGAUCUCCCAGGUGCUGAGCUUCAGCGGGGCGUGGUCGGUGCGGGCCAUCUCUGUGGGGGUACUGCUGGCUCUGCUGGGGAUCAACCUGGCCGGGGUGAAGUGGAUCAUCCGCCUACAGCUGCUGCUGCUGGCUGUCCUGGCCGUGUCCACGCUCGACUUCAUCGUGGGCAGCUUCUCCCACCUGGACCCAGAGCACGGCUUUGUUGGGUAUUCGGAGGAGCUACUUCAGAAUAACUCGCUGCCGGAUUAUACACCAGGAGAGACUUUCUUCACUGUGUUUGGAGUCUUCUUUCCAGCUGCCACAGGGGUGAUGGCAGGCUUCAACAUGAGCUCAGACCUCCAGAGACCGGAGCACAGCGUCCCCCUGGGAACUCUGGCUGCUCUCGGCAUCUCGUGGUUCCUGUAUCUUAUCUUUGUGUUCCUGCUGGGAGCCAUCUGCACCAGGGAGGCUCUGCGAUAUGAUUUCUUAAUAGCAGAAAAGGUCUCCUUGGUGGGUUUCCUCUUCCUGCUGGGUCUCUACAUCUCCUCUCUGGCGUCGUGCAUGGGUGGCCUGUAUGGGGCUCCCAGAAUCCUCCAGUGCAUUGCCCAGGAGCGGGUCAUCCCCAUCCUGGGCAUUUUGGCACAUGGGAGAGGUCCCAAUAAGACUCCCGUGGCGGCCAUUUGUCUCACCAGCCUGAUUACCAUGGCCUUCGUCUUCAUCGGGCAGGUCAACGUCCUGGCCCCCAUCGUCACCAUCAACUUCAUGCUGACCUACAGCAUCAUCGACUACUCCUACUUCUGCGUGACCAUGACCUACGACCUUCAGGCUCGGGAGCAAAGGCCUCCAACCUCGAAGGAACCCCCGACCCACGGCGCCAGUAGGCCGCUCGUCGACGUCGACCACUCCGGGUACGGAACCGGCGCGGUCGCGACGAACCAACGCAACGGGACCCUGCUGGAGUUCACCCGGGACCUGGACCGGAUACUUCAGCCGCAAGGCCCCGUGACGGGGGAGACGUGGAAGGCCUCCGCUGUCGCCCAGCGGGGGGCGAGGAGGGGAUCGAGGGCCCCGCCAAAGCGAACGCUGGAGGACAGCUUCGGGAUUUGGUCCGAUGGGCCCUCGGAUGCGGAACGGGGCGAGAGUUUAGGCGCCCGGAGGACGUUGACGAGCGUUGGGGGAAUCUGUAACCACGAUGGAGCUCGGCCUGAAGGUGGCCUGUCGGAAGAGGCUUCGUCUAAAGCUUCUCAACGGGGCGAAAAAUGUGGAAGACAUGGAAGUCCAACAUGUGGAAGUCCAACCUCCCCGGACCUAAACUAUACACCAGAGUCCGUGCUGGAGCCUUCAGAAUCUGCCCCCAAACCAAAACCACAGGGGUCAGAAAUUCAGUUAAUGCCCGAGUCAAUUUACUCCAUAUUCUGCAACCACUGGAUUGCACUUAUUGGCGCAUUCUGUUCCAUAAUGAUAAUGUUUAUUAUUCAGUGGGUCUAUGCCUGCAUCAAUAUUGUAAUGGCCAUUCUCCUCUUCCUCUAUAUUGGACAAGCAAGCCCUGGACUCCCAAUAGGGGCCGCCGCUCGGUUCAGUUUCUUCAGAUGGGUACGGUCCUCCCUGAAGAAAGUGGGCAGGAAGGAACCGACACUCCAGGACCAGAUCGUGCUCACGCCCUCAUUUCUGGCUGUUGGCAUGGAGACCCGACAACUGACUGAAGAGAAUGCAGACUUUGCCUCGCGUGACAGAUACCACCAGUCAUCCUUCAUUAGUGCCCAUGAACUUUCCGACAGACUUCAGUAGUCGACACUUUUUAGGAAUUCCACCGUGCCC